AUGAUCAUGAAACUUUCGCCCUUCUUUACCCAAUUAUUUUAUCUUCAAUUCUUUCUAAUUCUGUCGAGAGACAAAAAAUUUCAAGUAAGUGCAGCUCAAUCGUUCUGUUCGUCAGAGAAUUCAGCAGAAACUACAGAAUAUACUGAUCAAUAUCAAAGUAAUGGUCUAUGUUCUAAUCAUUGUACUGGUUACAACUAUGCUAUAUUACAAGGGAAAUCUUGUUGGUGCUCAAAUGAUCGUCCUACUACACAAACUUCUUUAUCGAAUUGUAAUCAAUUUUGUCCAGGUUACGAUAAAGAAAAUUGUGGCAAUCCAUCAAUGGGGUUGUUUGGUUAUAUAAAUUUACAAGUUAAUGUUCCUAUACUUCCUUCAGAAUUUAAACCUUCAAGUGAACCAUCUAUUAUACCCUUAUCAUCUGCAGCAUUAACGGUGCAAGCACAAGGGGAGGUUUCAACUGAAACUACUAAAACAAGUAUAAGUUCAAGUACGUCAACAACAACGGCACCAGCAACAAAAACUUCUAUUUCAACAAGUACUACUACAAGUAGUAGUAGUAGUAGUAGUAGUAGUAGUAGUAGUAGUAGUAGUAGUAGUAGCUCCACUUUAACUACAUCUAGUCCAGCAAUAUCCUCGAUAACUUCAACAUCUACUUCUCAAACGACACCUUUUGAAAGAACAACUAGUAUACUUUCACCUUCAAUUACUAUCAGUACUUCAACAUCACCAUUUUUGGCUGCAGUCUCUUUUGUCUCCUCCUUAUCCUCUUCGUCUUCCUCCUCUGCUUCCUUCACCACUUCCACUUCUACUUCCCCUUCUACUUCCGCUUCUACUUCCCUUUUUACUUCCGCUUCUACUUCCUCCUCUUCUUCGUCUUUCUCAUCCACUUCUUUGUCAUCACUAUCCUCAACUUUCACUCCAAGCCCAAUAAUAUCAACGAGUAUAGAUUUAUCAGUUUCUGUAAUAUAUUCGAUAAUGACAAUAACAAGUAUACAAGGAGAUAAUACCAAUGAUACAAAUCCUAAUAUAAGGAAAGGAACUGCCACACUUUUACAAACUUCACAAUAUAUCACUACACAAGUCAUAACGAAGACAUUUUCUCCAUCAACUAUAACAACAAUAUCGAACAAUUCAACUAAUGUAUUAACAAACCAUAACAAUAAUAACAAUAAUAAAUCAUCAAAUAAUAAAAAUUCUAAUGGAUAUUGGAAUUCUCCAGGGAAAGUGGCUGGUACUUUUGUGGUUGUAGGAAUUGUCGUAUUAGCAAUUAUUAUAGUAUUAUUAUGGUUUUUCAUAAUAAAUCCAAGAAGAAAACAAAGAAAUUUCGAAAAGGAAUAUAAUGAUGCUGUAUUAGGAAAUGGUGGCAAUUAUGAUUAUCCAAUAUCGCCAAAUCAUGAAAAUAAAAAUAAUAGUAUUAUCAUUGAUGAUGGAAGAAGGAGUCCAUCUUCACUAAGUACUUCACCAGAGUUCGUUUACGCUGAUGAAAAGGGAAUUAUAGAACCGAGAACACCAUCAAUAACAGACAAUAAUUCUAGUCCUACUUACAAUAACAAUAAAAAUCCUAAUAAUUCGCAUACCCCAAUGAGUAAACAUAACAGCAUUAUAAAAUUUAAUCAGAAUAUCAAAAAUAGUAUUAGUUUUAGUGCAAAUAGACGUGGACCUCAAACAAAUUCAAUGGCAGUAGUAAAUGAUGCAGAUAGUCAUAACCCAUUUGAUAAUCUAUAUUCAAGAACAUUGAUGGUGGAUCAAAGAUUAGAUCCAACACAAAUGAUGACAGAAAUUGAACAAACAAGUUCAAAAGUUUCACUAGCUGAUGAUAUAGAUUAUUCAAGAAAGGUUUUACGAGUAAUAAACGAUUAA